UAAAAUUUUAGCCAGAUGCAGAAUUUGUAUUCACCUGGAGUAUUAUUUAGGAUAUUAUAUACAAAAAGACAACUUUUGAUUUUAUUGUAUUAAUAUAAUAGGUGGAUUUUUGAAGAGAUUUUCUAAGAAUUUUGUAGAAAUGAGGAAAUAUCACCCCUUACUAAGAGGGCGUAGCUACAAGCGAUCUUGGGUUAAGUGUUUCAACAGAUUUAAAAGGAACAUGUACCUUAUAUUAAAAAAUGUGAAAACUGACCGAAUCAAACUUAUGAAAACAGAACUUUUCAAUAUCUUCCUACUGACGAAGCUCAAGAUGUUAUUCACUUGUGCAAAGAUAAGAAUACAAUGCCUUACAAACUCAGACCUCAACUUGAAAACAAAAAUAAAACUUUGAGUGAUGUAGAGGAUGAAAACAUAAUUGUAAAUAUCACACAACUGCAACUGCUUUUACAAAGUGUACACCAUUGUAAAUUGCCAAUGCUGAAAUUGAAUAUUGACCAGAGACAAGGCCUUCACAUCACAAUGUCGGCAAAGUGUAACAGUUGCAAGAUGGUCAUUCCAAACAUCAGCUUGUCGGACACCAUGUCAAAUACAAGAGGACCACCCUCAGGAGCGCUAAAUAAAAUGCUGGGCUUACCAAUUUUGAAGUCAAAAGUUGGCAUAGAUGAUGUAAGUCUUGUUUCGACUUGCUUGAACAUUAAACCAUCUAGUCACACUUGCAUUCAAAAACAUCUGAACAGUUUAAGUGACAGUGCAACUCCUCUUUACCAGGAAUCCAGGAUUCAAAACCAAGAACACAUCAAACACGUUACUACCCUGUCAGGGAAAAAAAGAACGGCGGACGUACAAUUUGAUGUUUCAUUUUCUUGGCGACCGAGAGGUGGUUUCCAGGCUGCCCAGCAAAGCUUUGGUGUUGCAAUAGACCAUUCAACCACCAGACCACUGCCUAUUGCAACAGCCAUAGCAAACAAGCUCUGUCGUAAACCAAUGUGCAGUCAUACAGAAACAAAGUGCAAGAAGAGGUACAACUUAGAUUUAUCUAUUACCUCCAGUGAAAGAACCCUGCUCCACCAAAGUCUGGACAAUAUCAGAGGUACUGGACUAUUGAAAAUACGAUCAGUCACAACAGAAUCUGAUGCAAGCUUGCAAUUAGCAAAAUCUCUAAUGGAUUUAAUAUCACACUGAAAAGAAUUUGUGCACCAGUAUACAGUCAUGAAAAUUACAUAUAUUUGAAGUUAUAGUUUUUGAGUGUUCUACAUCAUCAAUAAACAUUUCAUUUAUAAUUUGCUGCCCAGGUAAUCUGUGGGUAAUAAUAUUUUAUUAAUAUUAGUGAUAUAAGACCAUUUUGGUUAUUAUAUACACCUUUCUAUUGCAGGUUAAAGAAAAAAAAAAACAAGUGGCCCCUCGAAACAAGUUUUUACAUAUAGAUAUAAUUGCUUAAUAUUUGACAUAUAUGUUUGUCUUCAUAGAUGAAACUAAUCAGGCUUCAGUGGUGGCCGCUUAGUAUACCAGAAUUCUUCACAUGGAGGAGUAUAUCUCCAAAUUUAAUACUUUUAAGUUAGUUUUAGAAGGAUGAAGAUAAAAAAUUACUAAUUUAUUUUAAAAGUGAACAUUUAUUGUAAAAGUGAACAUUAAUGAUAUCAUAUUCAUUAUUGUGUGAAUAGAAUAAUUUUCCACACUUAUCCGAUUUUAUUAACCGUUACUGUGAAAUCAGUUCAAGAAACGUUUGUUUUCCACAAUUUCUAUUUUCUAUUAUAGAUGUUAUAUAGAGGUUGGAUUUAUGACAUUUGGAUUGACAUCGGAUUCUGACAUCAUUCAUAUACAACUAAAUUCCAGCGUCUAUCCAACGUCGGACUCUAACGUCUGAGCAACGUUGAUACAACGUCAUGUGUUUGCUGGGCCGACUCAGGACCCUGGUAAAAAUAUCAGGGUUAUGAAACCCACAAGUAUUCCAGGUUAAGGAUGUCAAUGAAUGAAUCCCCUUCUGGAAUAAUGUAUUUACUUAUGAUUUU